UUUUAAAGAACUCUUCUGGCUUGGAGGCAAGAAAAAUGCAAGGGAAAACAAGAAACAUGCGUUGGUGAAGAGAAGAAUCGAGUCUUUGAUCAUCGUAUUCCAUGGUGUGACAAUCAAAAUAAGAACAUGUCCGGUAUAUCGCUUUUAUCAUUGGAGGGAAGUGAUGUGAUUGAUGUACCACUGACAAAGACAGUCAUAGGAAGGGGACCAUUCCUACAGGUCACCGAUAAGAGAGUUUCAAGGAACCACGGCAUACUAGAAGUGGAAGAUGGAGACUUGUAUCUGACGCCAACACACAGUAAUCCAUGCUUUUUCAAGAAGAAUGGAGGAGGUUCGGCCGUGGCUCUCCCUAAGGACGAGAAGCGAUGUCUCGGAGCAGGGGAUGUGUUUGGUUUACUCCCAGAUAAACUCUUCUUCAAAGUAAAAACAAACAAGAUUACAAAUGGAGCAAAUAAAGGUGGAGUUCAAAAUGAUACGGCAGCAGCAAAGUCAGAAGGAUCAGAAAAAGAGGAGGAAGAGGAUGAUGAGGAUGAAGAGGAUGAUGAAGAUGAUGAAGAUGAUGAAGAUGACAAGAAAAACACUGGUAGUCCAGUAAAAAAGAAGACCGUACGACCUCCGGGGAAGGGAGAUAUGAGCCUGCCUACCGACAAGAAGCGAGUACUCCCAAACUGGAUGGUACAGAUUGCCAAAGUAUCUGGGGGUUCUCCUAGCCCCGCCAAGAAGGCCCCAGCUAGAUACGAUACGAAAAAAACAGCAACACCCAAAAAGGCAGAUUCUGAUGAAGAACAAAAAUCGCCCAGAAAAAAGGCCAAAGGAGCAGUUCAACAAAAGACAGAUUUCAGUGAAUCAGGAGAAGAAGAAGAGGAGUCUGAAGAAGAAUAUAAACCCAAACCAACUAGUCGAGGCAGAGGAGCAGGUCAGAAAAAGAAGGCAGCCGAAUCAGAGGAGUCUGAGGAGGAGUCUGAAGAAGAGUACAAACCAAAACCUCGCUCACGGGGCAAGACUACUCAAAGAAAGAGGAAAAAAGACGAGGACGAUGAUGAAGAAGAUGAGGAGGAGGAGGAGGAGGAAUAUAAACCUAAAAAUACUGGUAGAGGAAGAGGGAAAAAACCUGCAGUCAAAUCUCCGUCUAAACGAGCAAAGAAACAGAAAGAAUCCUCAUCUGAGGAUGAAAUGUCUGAAGAGGAGUCGCCAAAGAAAUCAAAGAGGAAGGAUGAAUCUGAGGAGGAAGAAGAAGUAAAGAAAAAGCCAUUUAAACGAGUAAGACGAGUGCGGGACUGGAAUACACCUUCCACUAGUCGGCCAGCAAGGUCCGCAGCAACAAAGAGGGGGAGCUAUGUAGAUGAGUUUGUUGCGCCGGAUGACCUUUCAGACGAGGAUGAGGACGUGUCGGAUGAGAAGGACAGUGACUUUGUGCUAGAAGAGGAUGACUCGGGUAGCGACUGGGAGGCAUCAAAUCGAAAAGCAAGAUAUCAAGAUAAAGGGCAAAAGAAAAAACCAGGUCGUAAGAGAGGACGUCAGAAGCGGGGUUCUGACAGUGAAUCUGAUGAAAGUUAUGUUCCACGUGUCAGUAAGCGACGAGCAAGUGCUGCUGCAACUAGGAAGUUCAAAGACAUUGAUGAGGAUUCGGAUGAGGAAUAUAAACCUAGACCGUCAUCACGACGAGGCGGUGGACAGCGAAAAAAAAAAAGUAGUGAGGAAGACGAGGAUUCUGAGGAGGAUUACAAAACAAAAAGGGGACGACCGAAAAAGAAGAAGAAUGAGAGCGAGAGUGAAGAGGAUGAAUCUGAGAACGAAAAGCCAAAGGCACGAAAACCUCAGAAAAAAGGAAAAGAUGAGGAUAGCGAUGAAUCUGAGGAGGAAAAGCCAAAGGCACGAAAACCUCAGAAAAAAAGAAAAGAUGAGGAUAGCGAUGAAUCUGAGGAGGAAAAGCUGAAGGCACGAAAACUUCAGAAAAAAGGAAAAGAUGUGGAUAGCGAUGAAUCUGAGGAGGAAAAGCCAAAGGCACGAAAACCCCAGGAAAAAGGAAAAGAUGAGGAUAGCAAUGAAUCUGAGGAGGAAAAGACAAAGGCACGAAAACCUCAGAAUAAAGGAAAAGAUGAGGAUAGCGAUGAAUCUGAGGAGAAAAAGCCAAAGGCACGAAACCCCCAGAAAAAAGGAAAAGAUGAGGAUAGCGAUGAAUCAGAGGAGGAAAAGCCAAAGGCACGAAAACCCCAGAAAAAAGGAAAAGAUGAGGAUAGCGAUGAAUCUGAGGAGGAGGAGGAGGCAGAGGAAAAGAAGAAAACUUCAAAGGCAGCAGCAAAACCAAAGCCAGAAGCAAAGAAAAGUAAAGACAGUGAUGAUGAUGACGACGGUGCUCCAAAAGUGAAAAAGAGGAAGAAAUGCAUGUUUGGAAAGAAAUGUUACAGAAAAAAUCCUGCUCACUUCACCGACUUCUGCCACCCUGGAGACGAUACGUUUGACGAGGAGGACAGUGAAAUGUCUGAUGAUAUGUUGGCCAAAAAAUAUGCUAAAUACAAGGACAAUAUGAAAGAAAAGGCAGGACUGAAUAGAAAAAGUAGAAGAACGGGUUCUCUGGAUGACGACGACGGUCUUCCAAAUACUUACGAUUAUCAGGAUUCUUUUAUUGAUGACGUACGUUCCUCCGAGGACAGUGAGGAGUCUGAACCGAAUCCCGAAGACUCGGAUUCAGAUUUUGACGCGGACAAUUCUGAAGAUAUCCGUAAACUUGUCAAAGACGCCAAAGGUUUUAUCAAAAAUAAGAAAUUCCAAAAAGUAAAAUCCUAAUUAAUUCAAAACCGAGACGUGUUUUUGAGCAGAUUUUUACUUUGUAAACCUACUGGUGUGGUUAUAAAUCAGAUGACUUUUAAGGAAGAAUAUGUGGACAUUUUUUCUCAUACCUGUAAAUAUAAUGUUAUAAAAAAUGAAUAUCCCAUUAAAGACUGUCAAUCACUCGGACAUAUUUGUUUAAUUCAUACUACGGGCAGUGGUAAGGUAUACAUUAUGAAAGACUGCCAUCAUUGAAAUCAGUAUUUUUCAAAUUUUUGUUUUUAUCACUCCAUUUAGAAGAUUGAGAGAAAGUAAAGAUUUGAAUGUGUGCUCAUUUGGUGGAAAAUUGUACUUUAAAGUGUUAAAAAGCCUUUUGGAAUAAUCUGAAGGGUUUAUUCCAGUUCAUAAUAUCAAAAUAAGUGGCGGUUUCCUGAUAUGUUUGAGGUACUGAUAAACCUUGUUAUAUUGCCAGUAUUGGUCCUACAUAAUUUUGGCAUUGUAAUCACAUGAAGCGAGAUAUAUUAAAAAGGAAUUUCCUCAUCCCUCAGACAUACUGUAACCCUGUUAUAUAUUGCUAUUAUUUUCCCUGUGGAAUUUUAUCAUUAUAAGAAUUUGUUGUUAUAUAUACAAUAACAGUGUCAGAGGAUAAAUGAGAUGGCAGAGGAAAUAAUCGGCAUUAUAAAGAGGUUUUACUGUAGAUAUGAAAGAGUCUGUCAAUUUACUUUUAAAAAUAUGGGAAUGGAGACAACCUGCUAAAUGCUAAAAUAUAAUAUAGAAAAUGAAUUGAAAUAUUUCUCAAUGUUUUGGAGUUAAUUUUAUUCAUGCCUUGUUCUAGAAUUCAUGUCAUCACAGUGCAGACAACAGGUCAGCUGUAAAUCUUAAGUUCAAGGCUCAUUUUUGAAAGCUUGUGGUUUUGUGUAAGGUUUUAUUUGUAUGGAAAAAAAUGUUGAUGUGUUGUGUCAGUAAACCUGUAACAUUCUCUUUAAUAUGAAUAGUUGCUACGCAAAAUGUUUAGCUCCAAUGAACAUUUAAUAACUACAAUAUGGUAAAUGGUUUCUUGAUGAGAGGUUCCUCAAAUAUUAUUUUUUACCAAUUUAUAAAAAAAAAGUCCACUUUUUUUUUUACCAAUUUGAGAAAUUUAUAUUGAAAUUUGGCAAUUGUAAGUCCCAUGAUCAUGAUGUCUGUUUAAUUAAGUGAAAACUUUCUGGAUAGUUUUGUGGAUAGUGUUUGGGAUUUAAUUUUGAGAGUAUGAGUAUGUUUAUUGUGUUCUAGAGGAUAUCUUUUAUCACACAUUCUGACACCUUUAUAUCAAUGAUAUGUGAAAACUGACAUCAGAACAGUUUUCUCAAAGGUUGUCUAGUGACAGUGCUAUCCCAAAACCCUCACCCAAGGUAGGUCAUCAGGUCUAGUGACUGUACAAUCCCAAAACCCUUGCCCAAGGCAGGUCAUCAGGUCUAGUGACAGUACUAUCCCAAAACCCUCGCCCAAAGGUAGGUAAUCAGAUCUAGUGACAGUACUAUCCCAAAACCCUCGCCCAAAGGUAGGUCAUAGGUCUAGUGACAGUACUAUCCCAAAACCCUCGCCCAAGGUAGGUCAUCAGGUCUAGUGACAGUACUAUCCCAAAACCUUCGCCCAAGGCAGGUCAUCAGGUCUAGUGACAGUACAAUCCCAAAACCCUCGCCAAAGGUAGGUCAUCAGGUCUAGAUAACUGCUCUCACCAAUUGUUAAAAUGCCUGAAAAUUGUUUAAAAUUGAUUAUUAGUGUGAUCUGAAAACUUAAAAAAAUGGGACAACUAAUAAAUCUUAAAAACUAAUUUACGUGUUGUGGAUACAUGUCUAAAGGAAAGUGAUGGAUGUUAACUAUUUUGAUUACUUUAACAAUAAUGGAAUUUUGAAACUACUUUAAAAACUGAAAGUUUUCAAUAUUUUUAAUGUUUACUAUAUGUAACAGUAAACUUGACUGGUACAGUUGUCACUGGUUUUCUGUUCUGAUGUACAUAUAUAUAUAUUUUUGUUAGUAAAUGCAAGUUGACUGGCCAUUUUGUGUUCUUGUCUGAUCUGAGUAUUUGUCAAAGCAUGUUGAAACAAUUUUGUAUUUUUUUCAACAUAGAUAAAAACAAUGGCACGAAGGAUCCGAACACAAGCUUGGAUCCUUUGCACCGAAUACUAAUGGUGCAAAGUACCAGCUGAUACAUGUGUUACAGUUGCGCUCAGAAAUGCAAGCUGCUAAUGUAAACCUAGGUCUGUUUUCUGACAAACUAUGAUUUUUAUCAUAAUUUUGAAAUACAGAAUUGGGCUAGAAAAUACCAUAUAGGGCCUCCUAUUUUUCCGUUAAAAUGUUUUUAAACUUCUAAACAUUGUACAUACGUAAUCAUUAAAAUGAUAUCAUAAGAACAAUUUUUAUGUUAUAUUCAAUAAACAUACCCCCCCCCCCAUGGCAGCCUUUUUUGCCUCUUGCCGAGGUAUCUGUUGUUGUAUUGUAAGCUGUGUUUUAUAUCAUUUUGCUUUGAUGUUAUAUCGAUAGGAGUUUGAGUCCGAGAACUGAACAUGAAUAUUUGUACUGUCAAACCCCACCACUGCCAUAUUAUAGUUCCUUAUCAAUCUGAACACCCUGCAGUAAAGCGGGAGUUGAGAUGUUGUUCUUCAAGAACUGAUAACUAAUUAGGAAAUUAAAGAGAACUCUCUCCUCACCUUUCCUGGGGUUUUCGUAUGGGUGUAUAUACAUUCAGAAAUCUAUUACAGUUUUAAUAUUCUAAAAUAUUUUGUACUUGAGAUUUUGUUUCCUUGAAUCCAAAAUGUUUAUAAGAUGAACAAGGUCGGUCUAUAUAGUAUAUUGUAAGGUUUUUCUAAUGAUAUUUUUUUUCCAUUGCUGAUUUAAUUAUACCUUUCCAUGUCACUGUGCUUAAUAUCAGUACGGUAGAAAUUUUUCAGAUGAAAGGCACAGGCGGGGGUGAACUUGUGUUUCAAGAACCAAUCUGUGAUGCAAACUCUGAAAGGCUUUGUGUGCAAAAAGAUAAGAUGGUUAUUGUUUCUGCAGAUCAGGUUUUAUUAGAGGUAACUUUAGGCAUUUAACAGCGAGUUUUUUUGGGGAAAAGACCGCAGUUGAGAGCGACUUUUUAUGGUUCAGUGACAUAGAUGAUAUAUAGGUACUUACGCAAAUUAUUGGCUAAUAGAUGUGUUAUAGUUGCUCUCACAAAUUUGCAAGCAUUAUUAUUUUUUGAUUCCUCUAUCAAUAGUUAUAUAAAUCAUCAUUUUGUACAUCUAUUGACACUGCUGUUUUAGGUAGUCUGCAUCUUUACGAUUCCUCGGUGAAAGUACUUAUAAAUCUAUUCAAUCUUGGAGUCUGUUCUGAUGCUCAAAACUCAUUCAGUGUUUGAAUUUAUUUGCUCGAAAUGUGUUCAAUUUCCUGAGUUGGUUGUCUCCAUUAUCUGUCGAUCCUGACUUUUAUAUACGAAUUGUUCUUUUGGAAAUUUCUUGAUUUAAUGACAGUUUGGACUUUCUGAAAAUCAUUUACUGAAAUUCAACGACAGGUGAGGUGGGUAGAAUGAAUGGAUGCGACUCUGAAAACAGAGAGCUCGCUAUGAGGGAAUAUUUUCUCCACAGAUUGCCAAAGUUGUUCCAGUCUCAAUAAAGUUAAAUUGAGAUCAUCAAAGAAAAUUGUUCAUGUGUAUCUUGUAUCUCUCUGGUAUACCGAAAACAAUUUCCAAAAAGACUAAGUAAUUUUCAAAUUUUCAAAUAAAGUUUUCUAUUGAAAAAAUAAAAAAAAUAUGAAAAGGAUGAUAAGUAAGGUAAAUAUGAUUUGAAUAGCUGACUCCAAGGGGUUCUUUUUUUUUUGGUAUUUAAUGUGCAUUUAUUCAGUUGUACAAAGUACAACGAUGUCACUUUCUGAAAUACUGAUUUGUAUGGACAAAUGAUGAAUAUUUGUUCUCGUCUUAUAAUAACUGAAUACCAGUUACAAUAUAUGGUCCCCAUAGAGAAUGUGUUCAUCGACAUUGGAAAUUACACUCCUUGGCAGGUUAUCUACAACUACAUUUGAACUCUUCCAAAUCAAUGGUUGGAAAAGUUCAUCAUGAAACUUCGGGGGUGAAUGAGUUGAGAUGGGAUACACUAAUUAGAAGGUCACAUGGGUCUGCAGCUGUCAUGCAAAAGAGGGGACAUUUGUUGUACCCUGUGUGUGUAUAUAUAGUGGGGAGCUAGGCUUCAACAAUGCAUGGAUGUUUAUUAAAACAUGACAAUAUU